GUGUUGUUUACGUUUCGUUUGCGUUUUCAGUUUCGUGAUAAAGUCGCAGGCAAAUGGACAUACGCAGGCUGAUCAACGAGGUUAAGCAGCGUCCCGCUCUCUGGGAUGCCAACCAUUCGGAGCACGCUAACCGCGUGGAGACACAGCGUCAAUGGCUCAGCGUAGCGGAGGCAAUGGAUGCCAAUGUGGAACUGUGCCGCAGCAAAUGGAAAAACUUGCGUUGCAGUUAUCGCAGGCUACAGAAUCGACAAAAGAGCAGUCAACAACAACAAGCGUCGCCAGCACCUCAAUGGACCUAUGCCGAAGCCAUGAGCUUUUUGGACAACUGUUGGCAUCGCGAAGACGACGACGAUUGCGCGUCGAACGUCAACGACACAGCGAUACAAUUCAAAGCGGAACCCGAUGAAAUGGAGACGGACAACGAUGCACUCAUGCAAGAAUUCCAAAGUGCGGUAACACCGCAAGCAAUGCGUCGUCUCUCGCACAACAUUUCACUGGCCAGCGCUGCAGCCGAGGAGCAGCAAUCGGAGGCGCCCGUAAUGAGUUCCUCUUGCCCCCUGCCAGCGGGCACGGCGAUUGCGGCGGCAGCGGCGAGCAGUUGUCAGUGUGCCAAGCGUGUGGAUGAGCAGGUUAAUUUCCUCGAGGAUUUAAAGCGGGAGGAGCAGCAGCUGAUGCAGUCGACGAGCCAGGAUUUGGCGCGUUGCAAGAACGUGUUGCACGUGGGCGACGCGGAUUACAAUUUCCUAGUGAGUAUUCUGCCCAUGAUGAAGCAGAUGUCGCCACUGCAAAACGUCAGCUUUCGCGCCAAGGUGGGCGAAGUGUUGUUGCAUACGAUGCAACAGCCUCCCAUGCAACUGCAACAACAACAGCAGCAGCAACAAGCGGCACAGGAGUCGCCGCAGCCAUCACAAAUGUUGUUGAACCAACAGCAGAUGGCCUUGGACCAGGCUGAACAAGUCGACUCCAGCUCGAGCUCCGCCACAAAUUGGAAUUGAGUCGCCGAUUCCACGAUUCCAAUUCCAGCUGAGCCAGCUUCCCAUUCAAUUGAGAGAGCAACCUUCAGAGAGAACUAGAGAGAGAGAGAGAGAGAUUGACACGAGUUAUUAACCCAAUAAAUGCGCAUGCUUACGACUGUACAGUGGUGUGAGGUCUAUUGAAAUCUGGACAAUACUCAUAUGCUUAUGUUUACAUCGUAUUAAUUGUAUUUGUAAUGU